AUGAAAAAAGAGGAAAACAAGAUUGGUCUGGUCGGCGCGACGGCAUACAUCGUCGGCUCGAUCAUUGGCAGCGGUAUUUUCAUUGCACCCAAGGUCUCAGACACUAGAUCUCCUCAGACCUUUGAGUUCAGGGAAUCGUCGAACACGCAGGUUCCGUAGGCCUUUCGCUCAUCAUCUGGGUCCUCUGUGCUCUCCUCAAUAUGAUCACGGCCAUCGUGAGCUUUUCCGUAACGCAUGUACCUUUUUUCUUGUUCAGAACUACAUCGAGUUAGGAACGAGUAUACCGGAAAGCGGAGCCGAUCUGGCCUAUAUAGGCUACAUGGGCUGGACACCUAUCGCUUUCUCGUUUCUGUGGCUCUCUAUUUUGAUCCAAAGGUUUUUUUAUCUUUUUCGUUAGGCUCCGGUUUUCAUGAAUCGCAGUUCAUCGAGUGGAGCAGUCCUCUUCAUGACUUUCGGCGACUACAUCGUUCAAGCCCUGGAUCCGAUCGUCUGCUUCGAUGAUUACGGUCGAAGCAACGCCUCUAAGCUUUUCGGCUUCGGACUUCUGUGUAGGUGCAGUUACAACGAGAAGCAUUUCAAAGAUGUUUAUGUACUCGCUUUGAAUUUUAUUGUCCUUUUUUGUUAUCAGUGACCGUUUUGACUGAAAAGUUGCGUCAGGCUUUUUAGUGGUUCUAACGCUGACCAACAUGUUCUCUCUGAGCAAAUUCGCCUCCAAGGUCCAGAUCGUGUCGAUGGCUUCGAAAAUCGUUGCCACUGCUUUUAUAAUUGGCAUCGGGGCUUUUUUCAUGAUAUUUCGCGGUCAGAUAAGCCUUGAAAAGUAAAAUAAGGUUUUUUUUCCAGGAAGAACUGAACACUAUGCGCCAUCGGUCAUAAUGCAAGGAACUAAUGCGAACGCAGGUGCAAUCGUCUUGGCCAUCUACCAAGGCAAUUGGGCCUACGGUGGCUACACAACCCUCAAUUUUGGCACGGAGGAGAUUCAGAUCAAAAACUUCCGCAAGUGAGGUUCCUGUGGAGGUUUUUAGGAGCGCAGGAUUCAGAACUCUGCCUCGAGCCGUCCUCGGAGGCCUCGCCAUCUCGUCGGUCAUUUACCUUCUGGUCAACGUCGCUUAUUUCGCCAUCCUGACGCCUUCUCAAAUCAACAAUUCUUCCGCCGUCGCCACUGUGAGUCUAACUUCAAGGUGCAUCUUUAGGGUGUUGCGAAAAACAAUAAGGUCAAUCAAAUAAAGAUGCUGGGAUAUCAAAAUAAAUAUUUUUCCGUAGGCAAACGAAUUUUUAGAUUUGCGUUACCCUUUUAAAGUCCCAGAGAAGUCUUUAUGGUUCAAUCGCCGGAGGGCCGGGGGAAGAAAUCGCAAGCUGAGAAUAUUAAACUAUUUUGCACGCCAGAGAGUUUUUGAAGCAUUUCAAACAAAAUUCUUGAAUAAUAUUUCAUAGGAAAGUAGUGAUUCAGCGGUAGAUAUGAAUACGUUGUUUUUAUUUCAGACGUUCAUCCAGCAAACGGUGGGCAACGGACCGGCAUUCGCUGUGCCGGCUGUAGUGGGACUUCUUUUGGUCGGCACUCUUAAUGGCGACAUUUUCGGUUGGAGCAGGUUGCAAUUUUCCCAAUUCAAACAUUUUUCCAUUAAAAGUUCUCUUACCUGCAAAAAUGAAAGAGCUAGAGGUACAUGGUCGCCGGAGCACGUCGCGGAAUGAUGCCGACGGCUUUUUCGCUCAUCCACGCCGACAACGACAGUCCCCGAGUCUCGGUCCUCACUCAUGUGAGUUCCUCUCCUGCCUUCAAAUAACAAUAAUCGUUUGAGACUAUAUUUUGCAUCGGUUUCUCAUUUUUGGGAGACACAGACCAGCUGGUGAACUACUUGACAGUCACAGGCAUCAUGACCACGAUCUUCUCUCUCGCCGCCCUCGUCAUCAUCAAAUGGAAGAACAUGCCCGUGGCCAAAGAUCCUGUCAAGGUUCUGACAUUGCUCUUUACUCUGUUUUCGAAGGAAUGUUCAGUUCCACAUUGCCUGGCCCAUCCUCAACAUUCUCAUCAACGUCGCUCUCCUGGUGAUCCCAAUACAGCAAGAUCCUGUGACCUCUGCUGUCGGUUUCGGCAUGUUCAUUGGCGGCAUCGGUAUACUGUUUUCCCCAAUAAUCUUUAAUCUUAGUUCAGUCGCUUACUUCAUCAUGAAGUUUGCUACACACUACUCAACUGUUUUCACGAAAUUAGAUGGUGAAUCAGUCAUGAAAAACAAUACAUUUGAAAAAAGUCGUUCAGAAUGGACAACUUUCGUAUGUCAAGUAUUCUUUUGGACUGUCGUCGAUUCGGGAUCAAGGAUCGAGAUUCAAACAGAAGAAGAAAAGCAAACAACUAGAAUGUAA